GUUAUAUUUCAUCUGUAAGCACGUAGAAACUGAGAGCACACCUAUUAAAGACCGAUAAAGACUGAGGCUCCGCCCCCUGACUGCAGGUGCAGCCUCCUACAGCGGCAUUAAAUCAGCGCCGCUCACACCGCCGCUCAUUACCGCCGCUUCCCGCGCUCCUGAAUAUGGGUGCGCAUUGCUUUAUUCUCUAAACACAGGGUUAGUGAUCAGCAGCAAGCAAGAUGAGUUGGGCAGCACUGUAUAGCCAGCUAGGAGGUGUGAACAAACACUCCACUAGUCUGGGAAAGAUCUGGCUCUCAGUUCUUUUCAUUUUCCGCAUCACUAUCCUGGUGCUGGCUGCCGAGAGCGUCUGGGGAGACGAGCAAUCAGACUUUACUUGCAACACACAGCAGCCAGGUUGCAAAAAUGUCUGCUACGACCACUUCUUCCCAGUCUCUCACAUCCGUCUCUGGUGCCUGCAGCUGAUCUUCGUUUCCACCCCGGCUCUACUGGUGGCCAUGCACGUGGCAUAUCGGAAGCGUGGCGUCAAGAAAGAACUCAUUGCGUGCAAGGGUGACAAAGCGAAGGAGGAAGACUUGGAGAGUCUGAAGAAUAGACGCUUGCCCAUUACAGGCCCACUGUGGUGGACCUACACUUCUAGCCUGUUCUUCAGGCUCCUUUUCGAAGCUGGCUUCAUGUACGCCCUCUACUUUGUCUAUGAUGGCUUCCAGAUGCCACGUCUCGUCAAGUGUGAACAGUGGCCUUGUCCGAAUAAAGUUGACUGUUUCAUCUCACGUCCAACAGAGAAGACAGUUUUCACCAUUUUUAUGGUUGCAUCUUCAGCUUUGUGCAUUGUUCUCAAUGUCGCCGAGCUGGUCUAUUUGAUCGUUAAAGCAUUGAUGAGAUGCUUAGCUAGAGCCAAGAGGAGGCACUCGUAUAGCCACUCAUCAGAAAUGUCUAAAGAUGGGGCUCUGUUGCAAAACAAAAAGAAUGAGACGUUGCUUUCAUCAGUCUCCGAUUCCAGUAAUAGCAAGUCUAUAUAAAAGGUCCAGUGUUUGUUUUAUUUUUGUAGAGUUGAACGUGAAUUAUUUUCCCCUUGAAUGAACAUUACAAACAUUUAAAAAUAAAUAAAAA